UGGGCCCCACUUGUCAGAACUGAAAACCCGAGUACAAGUGGAAAAACCUCGCCUCAAGGGCCUGCAACUCAUUCUCUUUACUAUUUUAGGGCUUUGGGUCUCCAGUCUCCUUUUCAAAACCUUCCCAGCAUUCGAUCACACAAAAUCUCUCUCAGGUUCAUCAAUACCUGGAGAUAAAUGGCUGCAAGAGGACACAUACCAUCCUCGUUUGAAGGCCGCACCAUCCAAGCUCCUGGGAUGAUGCGCCAUGGUCCAUUUCCAGGGAUGGGACCUGCAGGCCACCGCCCUAUGGAAGCGCUUCCUCCUGAUCUUCUUGAUAACAAAACAGCACUACAGGCAGCUGAGGCAGACCGAUUGUUGAGGGAAAAUCAAAGAUUGGCUGCUACUCAUGUGGCCCUGAGGCAGGAGCUUGUUGCUGCUCAGCAGGAAAUGCAAAGAGUACAGGCACAUGUAGGGAGUAUCCAAACAGAGAGCGAUAUUCAGAUUAGAGGGUUAUUGGAAAAGAUCGCCAAAAUGGAGGCUGAUCUCCGGGCUGGUGAGAGUCUGAAAAAGGAUUUACAGCAGGCACAUAAAGAGGCACAGAGCCUAGUAACAGAGAGACAAGAGCUGACUGGCCAAAUCCAGCAGGCUACCCAGGAAUUACAGAAAACCCAUGCCGACAUAAAAAAGUUACCUGAAAUGCAUUCAGAGCUUGAUACUUUGAGGCAAGAACAUCAGAGAUUACGUUCUGCUUUUGAGUAUGAGAAGGGUUUGAACAUGGAGCAAGUAGGGCAGAUGCAAGCAAUGGAGAAGAACUUGGUAACAAUGGCUAGAGAAGUCGAGAAACUACGAGCUGAGGUGUUGAAUGCAGAGAAGAGAGCACUUGCACCAAACCCAUAUGGGGGCACAUACACUAGUCCAGAUCCUCCAUAUCCGCCUGUUGCCCGCACUGGUGGUUAUGCAGAUGCCUAUGGAAGGCCUCAGGUUCAGAUGAGUGGUGGGGCUACGGGAGAGGGAAUGAAUCCAUAUGGUGGCACUAGUGUUGUAGCUGGUAGUGGUGUUGUAGCUGGCAGCGGCUAUCCAGAUGGCUAUGGAAGGCCACAGGUUCAGAUGAGCGGCGGGCCUGCAGGAGAGGGAAUGAAUCCAUAUGGGGGCAACAGUGCUGUAGCUGGCAGUGGCUAUCUGGAUGGGUAUGGAAGGCCGCAGGUUCAGAUGGGCGGUGGGGCUGCUGGUGAAGGAAUGAAUCCAUAUGCCGCUGCUGGUGGAAGUGUUGUAGCUGGAAGUGGCAGCAGCGCUGCUGUUAGUGGCGGAUGGGUUGGAGCAGUAGGGCCCCCACCUCUGGCUCGGAGGUGAAAGCAGCAUGCGGCUUCACCAGGAGUUGUUCAAGAACAUUUGAGUCAUGAUUAUAGAGCAGUUGUGCUCAGAUGUUGAUAUCGUUUUAAGUCAUCCCUGGGAAUCUAUUGGUUGUGAAAGAAAGCUCAAUUUUACUGGGUUGUAGUAUAUCUGGUCCCUUCAAUGAGUUCGCAGCAUGGGUAUAUUUUGAA